ACGCGCGAUUUUUAACUCUAUAUGAUGUCAAUGUAAUUUUUCAAGAGUGAUAGGCUUCAAAGCAGAAGGGCUGCGUUCACCUUUGUUAAUUUUUCACAUUUGUUUGCACACAGCAUUCCGUAACUUUCCAAAAAGGCAUGUCGUUCUAACGCCUUGAUCUCGUUCAGUUCAGGGUGCCGACUCUUCGACUGGACUCUGAAAGUGUCUGAAGACGAGUGUCUGAAAAGGGUGCCAGGGCAGUAACUCCGUUAAAAGAUACAACGGCGAUACGAUGGAGUAUUUGCCCGACAGCAAUUCGAGAUAUAAAGACGUGGAAUACUGGGAUGAGAGGUACAGGAGAGAGGAGUCGUUCGAGUGGUUCGGAGACCUUUCAAAAUUCCAGCACUUACUUGAGCAGCAUGUCAAGAAGGACGAUGCCAUUCUCAUUCUUGGUUGUGGGAACAGCUCGCUCAGCUUUGACAUGUACCAGCGCGGCUUCCACUUCAUCACCAAUGUGGAUUAUUCCUCCGUCUGUGUGGAGACCAUGGCGGGUCGGCACUUCAACUGCCCCGGCAUGACGUGGCUCAAGAUGGAUGCCAGGCAGCUGGAAUUCCCCGAGGGCACCUUUGACGUGGUCUUGGAGAAGGCCACGCUGGACGCCAUGAUGGUGGACGAGAGGGACCCGUGGCAUGUUUCCACGGAGACCGCCAACUUGCUCCAUCAGGUGCUGAAGGAGAAUGAUCGUCCCCCUCACUCCGCCUGGGUCUGUCAGAAGCGUAGAAAUAUAAACAUGAAACCUGUUUCCAUGUACAGUAGCUCCCUUUCCCUGCCACGCCGGUGUCGGAAUUCGAGAUUAAAUGCCCCGCAGCUGUCUUCAGAUGGGGAUCUUGUUGACGAUGCAGCAGGUGUGGUGACCAGUACGGGUGUGCCCAAGAGGGUCAGCUCUCCCCACCAACCCAAAACUCCACAUGGCAAGGUCGGAGUCGGAAGAGGUUGCAAAUUCCCACCAUCCUAAACGCACACCACCAUCCCCUAUGGAGAGGAGGCGUCCGCAGUGGACGGACUUCCUCAAUAUCAUGUUUUACUCGGUGCUCUGGGGGGGGUUGGAGGGGGGGUAGCUACAUGGCGGUAAGCUGUUUUCCUUCGUCAGAAUUGUGUCUGGCUGCCGACCCGCAGCUGACCCGCUGCAAGGUGUUAAUUUGUUCAGUAUCCUCCGUCGGAGGUGGGAGAAAUUCUCAGAAAAGCCGAAACUCCUGUCUCUUCUCAACUCUCAGGGCCCCAGUGUAGGUUUCAGCUUUACCUUAAAUCACCUUAAUACCCGACAGGUUCAUUUUCCUUGGGUAAAUGUAAGUUGACCCUUGAACGGUGCCUUGGGGCACCUCCGGUGUCGCCCAUUUCUGACAGGUCUUGCUUGCUGGAAGGGCGACAUCAUUUAAAGUGCUGUUAUGGGCGAUCUUUCUGUCUUCGCUUCCAUGCGGAGGGAGUGCCCCCCCCCCCAUGUUAAUUAUACAUGAGCAGGGGUGCAGGCUUGCUGUAGAUCAGCCCUGAUUAAUGUGCCUCUGUGGCAUGUGCAGAUCAUUCCAGGCAUCCUGAUAUGAGGCCGCAUUAUAUUUCAAUUUUGAACGCAAAUGGCUGCAUAGGAGAGAUGUAAUGAGAUUUAUCAGAAGCGUUUUAAAUCAUUUCACAGGUUUAAUUAUUAAAUGGGACUGGGAUAUUUGUUUCUGUCAGGCCA